GGGGUCUUGAAAAUGGUCUUAGUUCUGUGGGAAUAAGAUUCGAAAUUCAACCUGAUAUUCGUGAGAGCCUUGACGAAGAUGAUGAGGAUAUGUCSGGGGAUGAAGGAGACGAAGUUGAUGAAGAUGAGGAUGGAGAGGACGAAGGACAAAAUGAUCUGGAAGAAGAUGAAGUGCAUCACUUGCCCCAUCCUGACACUGAUCAAGAUGAUCAUGAAAUUGAAGAUGAGUUUGAUGAGGACAUGAUUGAGGAAGAAGAUGAGGAUGAUGAAGACGAUGACGGUGGAGUUAUACUAAGAUUGGGUGAGGGAAUGAAUGGCAUAAAUGUAUUGGAUCAUAUUGAGGUAUUUGGUAGAGACCAUAGUUUUUCCAACGAUUCUCUCCAUGUGAUGCCUGUUGAAGUUUUUGGUUCCAGACGCCAAGGUCGUACAACUUCUAUAUAUAAUCUUUUGGGGAGGUCAGGUGAURGCUCUGUUCCAUCUCAGCAUCCACUUCUAAUGGAGCCUUCUUCGUCGCGUGUAGUUUCUUCCCGACAAGCAGAAAAUGCACGUGAUGGGCACCUUGAAAGAAAUUUGGAGUCAUCCUCAUCACGACUGGAUUCAAUCUUCCGGUCUUUGAGGAAUGGUCGCCACGGACAGCAUGGGCAUCGUCUUAGCAUGUGGACCAAUGACCAGCAAAGUGGUGGAUCUAAUGCAUCUAGCAUCCCCUUAGGCCUUGAAGAUCUGUUGGUUUCUCAUCUGAGGCGUCCGACUCCAGAGAAGGCCUCUGAUCAAGACAAAAUGGUGGAGGCUCAAACUAAAAAUGAGUCUGGUCAAUCCCAAGGAUCAGCUGGGAUGGUACCUGACACUGCUGCUGAGAACAAUGAUAAUGGGGAUCAAGUUCCUCCUGCUUCAUUGAGUGGCUCUCGUGAUUCUGGAAACGCACCAACGGUAGAUGAAACUCAAGGGGGCACUGAUGUACCGGUUGGACAACCUCAAUCUGUGGAUAUGCAGUUUGAUAGCAAUGAUGCUGUUGUGCGGGAUGUUGAAGCUGUGAGCCAAGAAAGUAGUGGAAGUGGAGCCACAUUAGGAGAAAGCCUUAGAAGUCUGGAUGUUGAAAUUGGAAGUGCUGAUGGCCAUGAUGAUGGGGGAGAGAGACAAGGUUCCUCUGAUUUGCGAACAAGGAGAACAAAUGUAUCAGUUGGGAACACGACAUCAAUAAGCGUGAGAGAUGCAGCCCUUCAUAGUGUAACAGAGGUUUCAGAAAAUCCUAGUCAAGAAACAGASCAGAGUGAUUYGGCUCAGGAUGCACAGCGUGAUGGUGCUGGUGGUUCUGCGCCAAUUGACCCUGCAUUUUUGGAUGCACUUCCUGAGGAGUUACGUGCUGAGGUUCUUUCAGGCCGACAGGGUCCAGUGGCACAGCCUUCGAAUACCGAACCACAAAAUGACGGAGAUAUAGACCCUGAAUUCCUUGCAGCACUUCCCCCGGACAUUCGAGCAGAAGUUUUAGCACAGCAGCAGGCACAGGGGGUUCACCGGUCACAAGAAUUGGAAGGUCAACCUGUGGAGAUGGAUACUGUUUCGAUAAUUGCUACAUUCCCGUCAGAAUUAAGGGAAGAGGUCCUUCUAACGUCCUCUGAUGCCGUUCUUGCUAAUCUCACGCCUGCUCUUGUUGCGGAGGCAAACAUGUUGCGGGAGAGGUUUGCUCGUCGUUACAAUCGGACACUUUUUGGUAUGUUCCCUAGAAGUAGGAGAGGUGAGUCAUCUAGAAGAGGUGAAGGAGUUGGAUCUAGCAUGGAUAGAACUGGCGGAAUCAUUACUCGUAGGUCAAGUGGAAGCAAGCCUGUUGAAACUGACGGKRCUCCUUUAGUUGRCAGAGAAGAUCUUAWAGCAAUGAUUAGGUUGCUUCGUGUAGUUCAGCCACUAUAUAAACCUCAGCUCCAGAGACUGCUYUUGAAUUUGUGUGCUCACGUUGAAACCCGAUCGGCUGUAGUGAAAAUAUURAUGGAUCUAUUAAUGCUUGAUAUAAGAAAGCCUGGAAAUAAUUUGCAUGCUUCUGAGCCAUCAUAUAGGCUUUAUGCCUGCCAAAGUCAUGUGAUGUAUUCUCGUCCUCAAUGCUUUGAUGGUGUYCCUCCACUGGUGUCACGGCGUGUUCUAGAAACUUUGACAUAUUUGGCCAGGAAUCAUUCGUUUGUUGCAAAACUUUUGCUUCAGUUCAGAUUCCCUCCAACAGCUGGCCAAGAGUCUGAGAGUCUUGAUCAGUCUCGUGGAAAAGCUAUCAUGGUUGUUGAAGAAAAUGAAACAGAAAAGCAGCAAGAAGAAACCUUAGCCAUAUCAAUGCUGUUGAGCCUCUUGAAUCAACCACUUUAUUUGAGAAGUAUUGCCCAUCUCGAGCAGGGGGUAUCUGUUACUGAAGAAUCACCUGGUCAGACGUCUACAUUAGAUAUUAAUGCUGGUGGGUCUGGCUCGAAUACCAAAUCGUCCAAAGCUGAUUAUACUUCUAAGCCCUCAUCUUCUGUUGCUAAUACGGAAUACGACUCUCAUGCUAUUCUGCUAAACUUGCCACAAGCAGAACUACGUCUUCUCUGCUCACUGCUUGCACGUGAAUGUUUAUCGGAUAAUGCAUAUGCUCUUGUGGCGGAAGUACUGAAAAAGUUGGUGACGAUUGCACCACGUCACUGUCAUUUAUUCAUAACAGAGCUAGCUGGCGCUAUGAAGAACCUUACAACAGUGGCCAUGGAUGAAUUAUGUCGAUUCGGUGAAAUUGAGAAAGCACUUAUUACCACAACUGCUUCAGAYGGAGCAGCAAUCUUAAGGGUCAUACAAGCAUUAAGCUCACUUGUUGCUUCACUUUAUCAAGAAAAAGACCACACACUUCCCGAAAAGGAUCAAGCUGCCACUCUUUCUCUAGUUGGUGACAUAAAUGCCGCUUUGGAGCCAUUGUGGACGGAAUUAAGCACGUGCAUCAGCAAAAUCGAGAGCUACUCAGAUACUUCACCUGAUAUACCUGAUUCAUCGAUGAUUUCAACAUCAAGACCUUCUGGUGCAAUGCCUCCACUUCCAGCCGGCACUCAGAACAUCUUGCCAUAUAUAGAAUCUUUCUUUGUUAUGUGUGAGAAAUUGCAUCCUGGGCAUCCAGGUGGAGCGCAAGAUUUUGGUGUGGCUGCAGUGCCUAAUAUUGACGAGGCCACCACUUCUGAUGGCCAACAGAAAACUUCUGGGCCAUCGAUGAAGGUUGAUGAAAAGCAUGUAGUAUUUGUGAAGUUCUCGGAGAAGCAUAGGAAACUUCUCAACGCUUUUAUUCGGCAAAAUCCUGGAUUGCUUGAGAAAUCAUUCUCCCUUAUGCUGAAGGUCCCUCGUUUUAUUGAUUUUGACAACAAGCGAUCCCAUUUUAGAUCUAAAAUUAAGCAUCAACAUGAUCACCAUCAUAGUCCUUUGAGAAUCUCUGUAAGACGAGCAUACAUACUUGAAGAUUCGUAUAAUCAAUUGCGGAUGAGAUCCACACAAGAUUUGAAAGGUAGAUUGACCGUUCACUUUCAAGGGGAAGAAGGWAUUGAUGCAGGUGGUCUUACCCGAGAAUGGUAUCAGCUUUUAUCAAGGGUUAUUUUUGAUAAGGGAGCUCUGCUGUUUACAACUGUUGGCAACGAAUCUACGUUUCAGCCAAAUCCAAAUUCUGUUUAUCAGACAGAACAUCUCUCAUAUUUYAAAUUUGUUGGAAGAGUUGUCGGGAAAGCACUAUUYGAUGCUCAGUUGCUUGAUGUUCAUUUCACAAGAUCGUUCUACAAGCACAUUCUUGGGGUGAAAGUGACAUACCAUGAUAUAGAAGCUAUCGAUCCAGGUUACUUCAAGAACUUGAAGUGGAUGCUCGAGAAUGAUAUCAGUGACAUUCUAGAUCUAACAUUUAGUAUCGAUGCUGAUGAAGAGAAGCUGAUAUUGUGUGAAAGAACAGAGGUGACUGACUAUGAACUGAUCCCUGGUGGAAGAAAUAUUCGAGUGACAGAGGAAAACAAACAUAAAUACGUCGAUUUAAUYGCUGAGCAUCGAUUAACUACGGCAAUACGUCCUCAAAUAAAUGCUUUUCUGGAAGGGUUUAACGAAUUGAUUCCUCGGGAUUUGAUAUCUAUUUUUCAUGAUAAGGAAUUAGAACUGUUAAUAAGUGGGCUUCCAGAUAUCGACUUGGAUGACAUGAAGUCGAAUACGGAGUAUUCUGGUUACAGUGCUGCUUCUCCGGUUAUCCAGUGGUUUUGGGAGGUUGCUCAAGGCUUCAGCAAAGAAGACAAGGCUCGUUUGCUGCAAUUUGUGACCGGUACCUCAAAGGUGCCUUUGGAAGGAUUCAGUGCAUUACAAGGCAUCUCGGGAUCUCAAAAAUUUCAGAUCCACAAAGCAUAUGGAAGACCCGACCAUUUGCCUUCCGCUCACACCUGUUUCAAUCAAUUGGAUUUACCAGAAUAUCCUUCAAAAGAACAUCUGGAGGAGAGGCUAUUGCUUGCAAUUCAUGAAGCUAAUGAAGGGUUUGGUUUUGGUUAAAAAGUGAGAGGAAAAGGUGAUGGAUGUAGAUAAGAUUUUUAUCAAAAUCAAACAAGAGAUACAUGCGUUGAUAUACUAGUGUACAGUUUGAGCUUGUCAAAAAAUUGAAGUUUUUUUCUUUCUAAUCGUUAUUUAUUUAGUUGGCAGUUUUUAUUUGUUGCCAAUUUUCUGUUAGAAGUUGGGUUUGCAAACUUGCCCUGCAAUUGUACAUUGGAACAGUUUAUUGGCUGUUUUACUUAGUUGCAUUAUAUUAGAGUCAUUUAGCAUCUGAAUCAAUUAUAUGAUUCAACAAGUUUGCUUGUUUAUGAUUAUUAGACUAA